AUGGAUUCGGUCGUCAGCGUGGAUGGCCUGGGGCUCGCGGCUCACGAGAUGCAGCCUAUCAGACUCGCCCUGGAGAACCUCCAUAGCUUCUCUCCAGUCUUCCUAUUCGUCGUUUUUGUUGUAUCCUUCGUGACCAACAGCGUCAUCGCAAACCGCAGAAUUGAUCCUUCUGCUGCUGGACAAAAGGGCGCAAGGACCGGUCCGGGGGGCAGGCCGCUGCCUACGCGCAUGAGGAGUGCUGCCGUGCUGAUUGCCCGCAAGACCCCGGACUUCUCGCCCGCAACAAAGCUCGCCUUCAAAUGGCUGGCUGUUGGUGUCAUGUUCAGCUUCGUGGCCGAUGCUGCCAUCCAUGUCAUGCAUGUUGUCCUUCGCCGCAGUGAGCACUGGUGGUGUGGUCAAGCGGUCGUGGUCUAUGUCAUCGGCACUUUCUUUGUUCAUACUAUGGUCCUGAUAUCGCUUAUUGAUACCACGCCUGCACCGACAGUGGCACAGCUCAUCACCUGGCUGGUCUCCCUGCUGCUAGAGCUAGUGAUACUGGCCCUGUUUCUGGAUAUCAACACCUCUCCUCACCAUGAACCUGUUGUUGGCGACCCUCUCGGUGGUCCGCUCCGGAAGGGCCUAACAACCUGGGAAUCCGGCCUAGUGGUCACAGCCAGUGCCCGUAUCUUGCUCCUGCUCUGCAUUGUCGUUCUCUACAGUCUUACCUCCUACACCCUGAGGGCCGGGGCCCGCAACAACGGCAGCAUCACAGAGACGACGUCUCUUCUGCGCUCCAGCAACGGCGGCACACAUCUAAAUGGUGACAGCUACGGCGCAUCUCCCCGGAAUUUGAAAGUUGAAGAUGAUCAGCCUGAAGAAGACGGAUGGGUAAGGCCAAAGACGCUUCCAUCCACGUCUUGGUGGGAGUACAUCAGUGGCUACUCUCUCUUCUUCCCUUAUCUCUGGCCAUCCAGAUCUACCAAGCUCAAGACGAUUGUCGUGUUCUGUUUCAUUCUUGUCAUCCUCCAAAGAGGAGUCAACGUCAUGGUUCCACACCAAGUUGGUGCCAUCGUCGAUAUCCUGGCACAGGAGAAUGGAAACGAAUUCUACGUUCCAUGGGGUACUAUAUGCAUCUACGUCAUCUGCCGGGCACUACAGGGCACCCAGGGCAUGAUCGGAGCUUUACGCUCAUUCUUGUGGAUUCCUGUCGGCCAGUACUCGUACAUGGAGUUAUCGACUGCCGCCUUUGAACACGUCCACAGUCUGAGUCUUGACUUUCAUCUCGGCAAGAAGACCGGAGAGGUCCUAUCAGCACUGGGCAAGGGAAGCUCCAUCAACGGGUUCCUUGAACAAGUCACAUUCCAGGUUGUGCCGAUGUUGGUUGACAUGAUUAUUGCCAUCGUGUACUUCUUCGUCGAUUUCGACGUCUACUACGCUUUGGUGGUAGGCAUCAUCACCUUCCUAUACCUUUACCUGACCAUCCGUAUGGCUCAGUGGAGAAGCGAAGUUCGACGUAUGAUGACUAAUGCUGAUCGUCAGCAGGAUGCUGUAAAAAACGAUUCAAUGGUAUCCUACGAGACGGUCAAGUACUUCAACGCUGAGCCGUACGAGUUUAACCGAUACCGUGGUGCCGUGUCCGACUACCAGGCUGCCGAAUACCAUGUUCUGUUUUCUCUUCAGUUGAUGAAUACAUGCCAGAACACCGUUUUCAUGCUCGGCCUUCUCAUCGCUUGCUUCAUUUGUGCUUUCCAAAUCGCCAAUGGCCAGAGGAAAGUGGGUCAGUUUGCUGUCCUGCUCACAUAUAUGGCGCAACUUCAGGGGCCUCUUAACUUCUUCGGCACCUUCUAUCGCUCAAUCCAGGGGGCGAUGAUCAAUUCCGAACGCUUGCUAGAGCUUUUUAGAGCGAAACCCACUGUCGUUGACGCACCUGAUGUUACCGAACUUCCCUCUUGCAAGGGCGGAAUUGAGUUUGACAACGUGCAUUUCGCUUAUGAUAGCCGCAAGCCAGCAUUGAACGGACUGUCCUUUGACUGUCCACCUGGAAAAACGACCGCUCUCGUAGGAGAGUCUGGCGGUGGGAAAUCCACUGUUUUCCGUCUUCUCUUCCGCUUCUAUAAUUCCAACUCCGGCCAAAUCCGCGUGGACGGUCACCCAGUCGAGAGCGUUUCUAUAGACUCUCUCCGCCGCCACAUCGGUGUCGUUCCUCAAGAUACCGUCUUGUUCAAUGAGACGCUUAUGUAUAACUUGAAGUACGCUAACCCGGAAGCUACCGAUGAAGAUAUAUAUGAUGCUUGCCGCGCUGCUAGUAUCCAUGACAGAAUCCUCACCUUCCCUGAUGGAUAUCAGACCAAAGUUGGAGAGCGCGGUCUCAGGCUGAGUGGUGGAGAAAAACAGCGAGUCGCGAUUGCUAGGACCAUUAUCAAGAACCCACGUAUCAUCCUUCUUGAUGAGGCUACCGCCGCUCUUGAUACAGAAACCGAAGAGCAUAUACAGGAUGCAUUGGCUACUCUAUCCAAGGGUCGAACCAUGCUUGUCAUUGCCCAUCGUCUGAGUACGAUUACCACCGCCGAUCAGAUUCUCGUGUUACAAAAUGGACAGGUUGUUGAGAAGGGUACACAUGAGCAACUCCUGGCGAUGAAGGGUCGCUAUUCGAGCAUGUGGCGUAAACAGAUCAAAGCCCAGCGAGCCGCGGCCGAGGCCCAAGUCCUACAGGACCGUGCCGAACGCCUUCGAAGCAGCUCUGUCGUUGCUGGCGGUGAGGAUAGCUCCAGCCAGUCGGAUGAAGAUAGGAAUGCGGACUCGAGUGCUCGUCUCCGCCCAGCCUUGACACAGCGUUCAACCAAGGCAUCCGAAACUAAGGCUGCCUAA